AAAAGACGGCCCUCCCCGGUGAGGCGAGAGAGGAGGGGCAGUCAGUCUCGGUGACACUUUUGGUCGCUCGCGAUCAUCCGACGUCAGACGCGCUCCUUUGCUUUUGCCCGACAUCCUCGUUCGUCCUGUCUUCUUCCGACUUUACCCUAACGGAUCGACGGACUGUCGCCCUGGCUAAAUGCUAAUUAACAGCUGUCAAUCACAUCUGGACGGUUAAUCAUCAUUAUUGUUGCUCUCAUGACAUCCCGAUCUCCUGUCUCCGGCACGCCUCUGGCUAAAGGCUCGUCCGCGCCCGAAACCCCCAGCGCAACCGCCGCAGCCUCUCCAGGCGCAGUGCCUUUCCCGUCUCCGCAGAACUUCGACUUUCUCCCACAGCUUCAUGCCCUGAUUCUGCGGUUGCUGGCAGCUCAGGUGGGCAGUGAUAGCUCUGGCGCUGGUGUUGGAGACGGCGGAGAUGCGUCUGGCGCAGGACCCUCAUCCUCUGGUCCGGGCCAGUCUCAACACCUGCAGCCCUCCAACCUCGGCGGCGCGGGAACAAGCACCUCCAACAACGGAUCAUCGCAGCGGCACCAUACCGCUGGUAUCUCAGGAGCCUCCUCGACGUCCGGGGCUGCUGCUCUGGGGCCCAAUGCGCCGCCGCCCUUGGAUGUGAAAGACCUCCCUACGGCAGCCAGUGCUAUCAAGAUCCGGAUCCAGAAAGCUCGCACAGUCGUCGAAGCCUUACCAGAUGUCGACCGCACUGUAGAGGAUCAAUCGCAGGAGAUCGAGGAGUUGGAGGACCGUAUCAGCAGGCUGCGCAGAGUCAUCGGGGAGUUUGGAAGGAUUGCGGGCGGGGACCAGGCUGAGGAUACGAAAAUGGUCACUUGAAGACAGACGCCAGUCAAAGGCGUACGAGAACAACGUUUACUUUUAUGGAGGAUCACACCGCGGUUAUACAUCGCUCGAGUUAUGCGCGUGUGACAGUCCCUCUGGGCGACAGUCCCUCUGGGUAAGAUGUGCACGACCAAGAUUGAUUCUAUCGCCGGAAGCAGGAACCUCCGCACUGUGCUCUACAGGAGACCACACCGUCCACCGGUGCGCAGCACAUCCUUCCUACAAUGAAUUGAUGAUGGAUAUACUGCGGAACGUGAAGAGACUUUGAACAAGAGUCUGAAAAAAGAUGAAGAAGAUGGUGCUUCUUGGUUUGAAGCUAUGUU